AUGAGGCUGGUCUCUGCUCAGUUUGGACUAUUGGUGGUUUGGAUCAUCAGCUCCUGGGGUUGGUUAAUAAAUGCAUCCUCUAUGACAAGAAAUUCCAUUACUGGCUAUUCACGCCAGUUCCUGCCCUCACAGCAACCUAACUGCUGUUUGCUGGGAUUUAUCCGAUCUCAAACUCAACCUUUCCAUUGUUCCGUCAAACUACCAGGCUCUCUGUCUCCAGAUCGGGAGUGGGUCUGUGAUGCAGUCUGGUGCUCUCUCUCAGUUCUCCGUCCUUGAGACCAUUCACAUACGUGGCUGUCUGUCCACGAUUCUCCCUGGAACCUUCAAGGGGCUUUCCCAUGUGA